AUGGAUACAGGGACGAAAGUUACCAAAAAUCGAAAUCCUGCGGAAAAUGCGAAUCCCCUAUCCCUUCUAACCUUUGUAUAUAUGUUCCCAAUAUUUAGAAAGACAUUUAAAGAGUCCUUAACAGAAGAUGAUCUCUUUAGUCCACUCACAGAACACAAAUCUAGCAUCCUAGGCUCUAAAUUAGAAAGAAUAUGGAAAGAGGAAUACCGGAUACACAAGAAAACUGCUCUGCACAGAGCAUUAUUUAGAGUAUUUGGUCUGUGGUAUUCGAUUCUAGGAAUACUGAAACUUGUAGAUGAACUUUUAUUAUUAAUUGGUAUGCCAUUAUGUAUAGGAAAAUUAGUGUCAUUUUUCGAAACCGGCCCAACGUCCACAUCUCAAGACGAAGCCUUCAUCUACGCCGGCAUCCUAGUAUUAUGUUUGAUAGUCAACACGUUCCUAGCCAACCCAACGUUCAUGGGCCUACAGCACAUCUCCAUGAAGUUGAGAGUCUCCUGCAGUUCGCUGGUGUACAGAAAAGUCCUGAAGUUCAGUAAAACGGCGCUGGGCAACACGACGGUAGGGCAGUUGGUGACCUUGUUAUCCAACGAUGUCUCGAAGUUCGAUCAGAUGUUCGUUUUGGCCCAUUACGCUUGGAUCGGGCCGAUCCAGGUGGCCUUGGGAACAUGGCUACUCUAUAGGCAAAUCGGGAUCGGAUCGUUGUUUGGCGUAGGGUUUUUGGUCUCAUUUGUACCAUUACAAAUAUAUCUCGCUAAUAAAACAUCAGUUUUGAGACUACGCACUGCACUAAGGACAGAUGAAAGAGUUCGAUUAAUGAAUGAAAUCAUCUCUGGUAUCCAAGUAAUCAAGAUGUAUUGCUGGGAAAAUUCAUUCGCAAAACUGAUAUCAUUUGCUAGAGGGAAAGAGAUGAAAGCGAUCAGAGCACAUUCCUUUCUGACAGGAAUAAUAUAUUCCUUCGAAAUAUUCAUAACUCGAACUUCUAUUUUUAUCAGUAUCUUGGCAUACGUUCUACUAGGAAAUUACAUAACCGCUGACAAAAUUUUCGCAAUAACUGCUAUCUACAAUUGCCUUCGCCCUGUUAUUACAAUUCUGUUCUCGCUAAGUGUAUCAUCUUUAGCUGAAAUUCAUGUCACCAUACUACGAAUACAAAAGAUACUAGCAUUCGAGGAGAAAGAAAAAUCAGUUGAUCACUUCGACAAACUGAACGGAAAUGACUCGAUGCCUCUUAUUAUCAAAAACGGUACGAACAAAGACACAAAAGAAUUGCCCCAACGAAAUCCCAAAGCUAAAAUAUUACUGGAAAAGGUCUCUGCUAAAUGGGUUGAAGACGCAGCAGAAGAUACGCUGAGUAACAUCAGCGUAUGUGUCUCCUCAAACAAGAUAUUAGCUCUCAUUGGGCCUGUAGGUAGUGGUAAAAGCAGUGUGAUCAAUUUACUGCUCAGAGAAUUGCCGGUGAAGUCCGGCAAAAUGGAACUGGUAGGAAGAGUUUCCUACGCAUCUCAGGAGCCUUGGCUUUUUGCCGCUAGCGUAAGACAAAACAUCCUCUUCGGCGCAGAAUAUAAUGAAGAGCUGUAUCAGAAAGUCGUAGACGUGUGUGCUCUCAGAUCAGAUUUCGCCUUAUUCCCCUACGGAGAUAAAACCUUGGUUGGCGAGAAGGGAAAGGCCCUAAGUGGUGGCCAGAAAGCCAGAAUCAACUUGGCUAGGUGCAUAUAUAAAUCAGCCGACAUCUACCUUCUUGACGAUCCACUUUCGGCAGUCGACGCGAACGUUGGUAAACAUUUGUACGAGAGAUGCAUCAAAGACUUUUUAUCGAACAAGAUUUGUGUGUUAGCUACGCAUCAACUGCAAUAUCUCAAAAACGUUGACAAUAUCAUCAUCAUGAAUGAUGGCGAAAUUGAGAUGGAAGGUACAUACGAAGAUCUGCAAAAGAGUGGACUGGAUUUCGCGAAGAUGAUGGAAGAUUUCCAUAGCGAGGAGGUGGUGGAAAAACAAAAAAAGAAAAUCCAAUCGAGACAGAAUACUAUUGUGGAAGAAUCCGAGAGUGAAGACGACGAAGAUCAAAUUAUGGAGAAGGAAUUCCAAGGAUCUGGUAGCAUCAAAGCAGAGACUUAUUGGAACUAUUUUAGAGCAGGCGGAGGAAAAGUUUCAAUUACAGUUCUAAUAUUCCUAUUCAUUUUUUGUCAAGUUUUUGCUAAUGGUGGGGAAUAUUAUGUAUCAUAUUGGGUGAAUCAGGAGCAAGAAUUUACAAACAGAAUAACCAAUAAUCAAACAAAUGAGACCUUCGAAAGAAAUACCAUAAUUUAUUACUAUUCGGCUCUAACCAUUGGAACUAUAAUUAUUGGUUUGGUGAAAUCGAUUUAUUUCAUGAUGUUUUUCGCAGUGGCAUCUGGAAAUUUGCACGAUUUUAUAUUCUCACGGAUAAUAAGGGCUACUAUGAGAUUUUAUAAUACAAACCCUUCAGGAAGAAUCCUUAACAGAUUCUCGAAAGACUUAGGAACUAUUGACGAAUAUAUUCCAUCUAUUAUAAUAGAUGUAACUGAGAUAUUUCUUCUGCUCAUUGGCGUUAUUGUAUUGUCAUCCAUUGUUGAACCUUGGUUAAUUGUCCCAUCUGUUGUUCUGAUAGUUAUAUUCUACUUUGUCAGAGUUAUUUACAUCAAGACGAGUAGAUGCGUGAAACGAAUAGAAGCAAUAACUAAGAGUCCUAUGCUGAGCCAUCUGACUGCGACCGUCAACGGACUGAGCACAGUUCGAGCCUUCUCUGCAGAAGAAAUGUUGAUCAAAGAGUUCGAUGAAUAUCAGGAUGUUCACAGUGCUGCCUGGUUCCUGUAUAUGGCUUCGAGCAAAUGCUUCGGAUUUUGGCUCGAUAUCAUUUGUAUUGUAUUCAUUGCAGUUGCAGUUUUCCUCUUACUUGUUUUCAGUAAAGAAAUGCAAGGAGGAGAUUUGGGUCUUGUAGUGACCCAAUACAUCGGCUUGAUAGGAACACUGCAAUGGGGCAUGAGGCAAUGGACAGAACUGGAGAACAAUAUGACCUCCGUAGAAAGAAUUCUGGAGUACACUAAAUUAGAGAGUGAACCGGACAGAAAACAAGAGAAGCCCCUUGCUGCUAAUUGGGGAGAAAAAGGCCAAAUCGAAUUCAGAGAUGUGAAGUUGAGGUACAGCGAUAGCGAGCCGUAUGUACUGAAAGAUAUGAAUUUCCUGGUCCAGCCACGAGAGAAAAUCGGUAUCGUCGGAAGAACCGGUGCCGGGAAAUCAUCUACCAUAACUGCACUUUUUCAGUUAUAUCCUUUGGAAGGUACUGUGAUCAUUGAUGGAGAAGAUACCACGAAGAUGCCUUUGGAUACAGUGAGGUCGAAGAUAUCGAUUAUUCCACAAGAGCCGGUGCUGUUUUCAGGUUCCAUGCGUAAAAACCUGGACCCCUUCGACCAAUACGACGACGAGGUGCUGUGGAACGCCCUGGACCAGGUGGAGCUCAAAGAGGUCAUCGAGGACCUUCCUGCCGGCCUGAAUACGGCCGUCUCGGAGGGUGGCGCCAACUUCAGCGUGGGCCAGCGACAACUGGUGUGCCUGGCACGGGCGUUGAUAAGGAACAACAAGAUCCUGGUGCUAGACGAGGCCACGGCCAACGUGGAUCCGCACACUGACGCUCUGGUGCAGACCACGAUCAGGGAGAAGUUUGCCGAUUGCUCGGUUCUGACGAUCGCUCAUCGAUUACACACGGUGAUGGAUUCUGACAAAAUUCUAGUGAUGGACGCUGGUACUGUAGAGGAAUUUGAUCAUCCUCACAAUUUGCUACAGAAAGAAAACGGAAUAUUACGAAGUUUAGUCGAGGUAACCGGAUCAAUAACAUCUAAACAUUUAGCCAGCAUCGCUGAAGAGAACUAUCUGAAGAAGAAAAACAUAUAA